AUGGCCCCCAGUCUGCAAGAACUGAUUGAUUACUUAUUGGCAGAGAUUGCUCUUUGUGGUGACCAAGGCGCCUCUCUACCUGAUAUUCUGAACUUCACCACCGCAUUCUAUGCCAAAGAAGCGCAGGAUGCAUCUCACAAGACACAUACUGUCGACCGUCGCUUCCAGGCCAAAGUCUGGUCCUGGCUGACGAGGCAUCCAGAGGUCUCCGUGGGCAAGAACCGCGAGGGAAACCACCUCACCUUUGAUGAUGCAGAACGUCUCACCCAAAAUGCAGAUGCGGAUGGAACAAAGGAUGAUGUGCCUCGGGUCUUCGUUACGGAGGAGCGAACCUGGCUUGCAGUUGCCGGUCAUGAACCGGACGAGACCAAGAUCUUACCUACGGAGUUCGCCCUUCUAUCUAUCAUUGCGUCCAGCAACUCCAGUGGCGUUGUUCAGACAGAAUUGGUGAGACUCAGUGGCCAGGAUAAACGGUCAGUACCGAAGCGGACAGAUAGGUUGCAGACCAAAGGAUACAUUCAGAAACGGCCCUUCCAGUUCAAGUCUAUACGGACAAGUUUGUGUAUUUUGCCGAAAUUCUCAAAAACAGAGUACAUGGCCGAAGCACCGACAAAUCGGGGAGCUGAAGCAACGGAUCGCGUUAUCGACUUCGAUGUCUUCACUGAUAAACUUUUCGAAAUUCUCAAGCAACACGGAAUUAUUGCUCGCGAGGAUCUCAAAAGGAUUCUGGGUUUCUCUGACCGGUGGCGCUGGAAGGUGCUUUCCCGUGCACUGCGCAAGUUUGAACGCAUUGGCGUCUUGAAACGGGUCAAGGCGAUGUCACAAUACAAAGACACGAUGAACAAUUCAUAUCCAUGCGUCAAGCUUCUACGAGAACCCUCAGAAAAAGACCUUGAACUGUUCCACCUUUUUAGCCGGAACCUUAUGGGACAAAAAGAGGAGGAUGUGGACGAGCCAGACGAUGAUCUGGAAGAGGAAACAGGAAGGAAUUCAACCAGCGAAGGUACGCUUGGCAUGAUCAAACGCGAGGACAAUGUUGAGGAAUCUGGCCGGGUCCUGCCCAUCUGGACGCCGGAUCGCAAUCUACACCAUAUGAUCUUCAACGUUAUUGACGCAGCAGGGGCAAAUGGCAUCAACAAUUAUGGCAUUGUCCGAAUUUGUUUCGGGGGCUUCUUCCGUAGACCCCUAGAGAACGCAUUGGGCCGUCUUGUUGAAUGUUGGCAGCUUUCGCAACCUGCACACCUGCGCCAUUUGGCUAUCGUCAGAGACACGGUUCUUCACCGGACCCAAGCCAUGUACCUCUACUACUCCGCCACGACCUACAGAAACCUUGUCGAGGCAGGAGACGCAGUGUGGGAGGCUGUUGAAUACUCCUCCAAGAAUACGAAUGGGCGUAUACCGCCCAUAGAUGUGGUUCCUCGGCUGGAUGAAUACGGGUUCCCUUUGAAGGGUCCUUCAAAGGAACUACUCAAAAAAGGCAACGCUAGCCUCCUGGAAUGCAUGGCUGUUGGCAAACCGGAGGAUUAUAAUCGUUCAUUUAGCGAUCCUGUUGCUGUGCAAUUGGAAGACGGCAGCUAUGCAUUUCAAAUUGGAACCCAGAAACGACCGGCGAACGUGCCUCCAGAGGGAGAUAGCCGGCCUAGUGCUCCUCGUGGACGUCCCAAAAAGGAACCAAAGCAAGAGAUCCAGGAGGACGUUAAUAUGGAUACAGUCAGAGCUGAUAACGAAAAUGCAGAGGUGGAGGUCGUCCAGCCCAAACGUCCAAAGAGACCAAGAACCAAAACAGACCGUUUCAAGGGCAUGUCCGAGAAAGAAAAGCUCGAGGCUUUGGGUAUGGACGAGACGUGGACCGAGUAUAACAUUCUCCUCAUGGAGCGCCCAAACCCUGGGGUGUAUGCCACACCACGCGGUCGACGGAGGCCGGUUGGUAAAGCUCGAGGACGCCCAAGAACUAGUCAACUUGUCGUUUUUAAGUCGUCAAAGCUGAUGUCGUUUCCCUGGUUUGUGGAAGAGGCUGAGGCUGAGGCUGUGGCCGUGGCCGUGGAAGAAAACGGGGAGAAUGCAGUCCCCGAGACUCCUUCUACAGAGACCCCUAUUGCUACUCCUGUUAUCAAUGAACCUGCAAUUGAGGACUCUGCCACUCCUACUGCUGCUUCGAGAGGAGUCAAGAGAACCUUCCAGGAAGGCCAGCCUGUGGAUGGAGAGCCAUCCCCUGUAACUGCAACACGGAGAGGACGGCCACCAAAGCAAAGACGCAAGAACCACGUGGAAGAUACGGGCAUGCAAGAUGCCCCGGUUUCUACGCCGGAGAACCAACCUGCCCCUAACAAUCAUGAUAUCGAUACAGCUGAACAUCCAACCAAACGCAAACGCUUACCAUCCUCUGCCGAACCUGAACGAGGUGCCAUGGAAGUGCAAGAACCGAGCCGAUCCGCUGAAAACGAGACCAGUAGAAGACAGCCAAAGAGACCACGACAUGACAACGAACCUGUUUCACAAAAUGGAACCGUAUCUGCUGCUCCGAUACCAGAAACGCCUCAACCCUCAAGUCAAUUAGAACCACCGUCUGGUGGCGAGAAAGGCCCUGAAGAGCGCCAGGCUCUGGCAAAUGAAGCACAACUAGAAGGCGCUAUGGUCGCUGACCAUGAUGAGCCUUCGAUUGUUGAUCAACCACAUGAUGCUGCUGAUACCACUGCAGAGCCCGCUCGCAAAAAGCGAAACAAAAAAGGCCGCACGGAUACAGGCGGCUCAGUGGCAGUCCUGCGAAAGAAAAUCCUCACAGAAAUCGUCGACAAGGCUGGAGGGGCCUAUCCAAUGGGCAGCGAACUGUGGUAUCCAUUUGCAACCGCAUGGAUGAAGACAAAGUACAGAGAAAAGCCCGAUAUGCGCACUCUCCGGACCUCAGUCAAGCAUUUGGUUGAUGCGGGCAAGCUUCGCCAACUAACCUUCAGUGGCCGUGAUGAUAAGGGCGUGAUGAUCACGAAGAGUAUCAUCACAAAGCCUGAACUCCCGCCAGGUCACCGCACGGUCAGGGACAUGCAGCAGAAAAUGCUUUCAGCAGGAACGCGGUUUUACUUCCCCCCAAAUAGCGAGAUUCACCCGGAUAUAAUCAAGGGUAGCAAUGGGUUGAUCAAACGCGAACAUAGACCAAUCACCCAGAUCCCGGUUGAGACUGGUUUAACGGUACAACUGCAGCAAAAGCCAAGUUACGUCUUGGCGAGGGAAAGAAAGAUCCAAAGACAGUUCUGGGAAAUGUUCGAGAACGAAUUUGUUGAAACCAACGAGCCUAGGGCCGGCCGGUUGAUGACAAUUCGCCGUCCCGGACAUGGUCCAAACAACAUGACUUCGAUCGCUAGACCCGGCAGCAUGGUCAUCGGUGAAGGUAUUUUGAGGAAAGCCGGUGAAAUCAAGAGACUUCGGACUGCUGUCUCGUGCUUGCCGCCUUAUGCUAUAUUCAUGAACGCCACGCAGACAUUCCACGCAGCCAGUGGAACAUUCGGGACUGAUUCUGGCAUUGCAGCUCGCCGGCCGGCGCUGCGAAAGAAGCCACCUCUCCCGCAUAUUCAUUAUACUAUGUUCAUGAAUCCAAAACAGGUGUUCAAUGCAGCCACGGGGACAUUCGGGACACACGCAGCUGCUGCACCUCGUCGCGGGAGACGGAUGUAUGACCCACCGGACACACUCGAUGCACUACUUACCCAAAGAGAACCGCAUGUCAUGGAGACGGCAGAAACCACAGACCCGACCGACCAAUUCUUCAAAGAAAACGACGACCUUCUCAGAUGGGAGCUCGAGAACGAGGACCUCUUCAAUGAGAAGCGUGAUCGUCUUGAGUACAUCAACCAAACCGUCCCGGGCUCCUUCGAUAAUAAACCGAUCAGGCGCAACAUCCGAUUCGAUGCCGACCGACGAGCAGAACGGACGGUUCCACGCGAGAGCGAGCCCAUGACUACAAGACAAGCAACGAGACAGGUUACAAAACCGCCUACGAAACCGCCUACAAGACAGCCUACAAGACAGGCGACUCGAGCCCCGCCGGAGCGUCGUCUGGAGAAACUGAACGACCUAUCGACACCGGGCUCCCACAAGGCGUCUCCCAAGCAGCCCAUCCGCCGCAACCGUAUAGUGCACACACUUCCCCAAGACUUCGUACAGAGGAUGAUCGCGUCGAUCGUAGCCGUCCGGGUGCUGGCAGGUGGUCUGGAAGCGAAGAACGUCGACUGGCCGCUCGUAGCAAAAUGUUUCCCGAAACACGAGGGACAGUUCAUACACGAGCGCGGAAAGUCUAUUCUCAGCAGAAACAGAUUGCAAGUCGCCAAAAUGCAGAGCGACUUCCAGGAGCGCUUCAUCGAGGCGUACGCCAACGAUAAAGUCCCGCAAAUCGACUACGAGAACUUGGACGGGUAUGACUGGGUGGGGGUAGUAGACUGGGCACAGGCACAGCUGGAUAUCCCAUCAACAGAGAAACUGCCUAACCUCCCCGCAACCAAGGCCCAAUUCGACGGCGUCUUCGAACUCCGCGAGGAACCAUCCCCGUCCCUCGAUGAAGUCUACCACGGCACCAACUCGGUAACCCUGAACCGCAAACGUACCCUCAUCGCCGGAGUCCCCUUCGCCGAACCUCUGCGCCCUAAACACAAACACAAAUACCCCACAACCCCGAGCCAGCGCAAAGCAAACCUCGACCGUCUCGAAGUCGCCAAAACAUGGAUCCGCGCCAACAUCGUCACUCCGCAGGAAUCCUACAACGCUACUCAAGCUCGCAAGUCCCUCGAACGGUUCGGCGAACCGCUCAUCCAGAACGCCAUCCAGGCACUCAUGACUGAGCGAGUGAUCAUGAUGGGUAACGGCGGACGCGUCACGCCAGGCCGGAACUACGACAUCACAGAGGUGUUUGUUACGACGUUGCGACGGCGGGCUAUUGAAAGUAGUCAGUUGCGGAGGGCUGCGGAGUUCAAGUCGACUGUUCUUGAUCCGGCGCUGCGUGAACAGGGGAGCUUGGAGGUAGACUAUACCGCCGACGACGGCGAUAUACUAGCCCUGAUCAACCUCGCCGCGCACCGCAAAAUCAUCCUCAAACCGCGCAACCCACCACGCGAGAAAUUCGGCCUCACAGACGGCGGCUACCUAACCCGCUUAAUCGACAAGCAAAAAAUGCGCUUCAGUAUACAAAUCACCCCCGUCAAAGAAAACUAUCCCUUCGGAAACCCCAUAGAAUCCCAACUCUCCUCGACAUUCCCACCAACCCUCCCCAUAUCCCCCUCUGACAAAAUCCCCAAAAUACCCGUCUGGCUCGACAUCCACGGUAACUUCUUCAAGUUACUCUGGGAUCUCGUUGCGGGUGCUGUGGUUGGUUGUGUUGCGACGAGGCCGGGGAUUAGCGCGGCGGGUGUGGCGAGUAUGAUGAGGCCGACUGUCGGGGCGUGGGAGGUGCAGGUCAUGCUGGAGUGGUUGGAGGGGGUUGGUAUUGUGGCGCGGCCGGGUAGGGGUGGUGGUGGUGGUGGUGGUGGUGUAUAUCGGGGUGAGAGGCAUGAGCAGCCUGGGUGGGUUGUUGGGGAGUGGUGGUGGAUGGUGACGGAGAGUUAG